GUAACAGAACGUUGCCUCUGGGCUCCUGUGAAUUGUGGACACGCACUGACUCGGUUUGGGAGGCAGGGAGUGACAAACAUAUUUCUCUGAAAGGGAUUUUGCUGUACUCCCAUGUCUAUUUUAAAAACCUUAUAGACUUUUUAAGUUUCACGUUUUCGUGUGUCUGCUGCACUGACGUGGCGAGUUUUGCGUUUCAAAAGCGGAUAAAACGCUCAGGUGUUUGUUUUUCAUAGGUGGAUUUUCUGACUUUUAAAAAAAAUUCUUCCUAAGUAGAGCAGCGAAAGGAGGUUUUCCCCUGCGGUAUAUUUCUUUAUUGCAAUACUCUCGUUUACCACGUCGGUGUUUUUCUUGCUUUCGUUUUUAAAUAUUUAAUUUGUAACCACCGACAACGCCGAGUGGCCACGUUGGAACAAACAGAUUGAAGAUGGACGAGGCAGAGAAGUACAAACAGAGACUGCAGGCGAUCACUGAGAAGCGUCGUCUGCAGGAGGAACAGGAGAGGGCCAAGAGGGAGAUGGAGGAGGAGAGGCUGAGGCUACAGCAGCUCAAGAGGAAGUCUCUUAGAGACCAGUGGCUGAUGGACGGCCCCUCUUCUCCCACAUCCUCAGAGCCUCGUUCCCCGCUGUGGGGCUCCCAGGCCCAGGAGAUGGAGCAACACAUAGACAAGUUGCAGACAGAGAGUCAACGUUUAGCGGAGGAGGAGGAGAAACUGGAGCAGCCGAUGGAAGAUGGCCGAGCUAAUGCAGCGGCGGUGGUGGAGGCUACAGCAGAAGCAGUCCAAGCAGAUAUCUUGGAGAAUGGACAGGAAGAAGUAGAGUCCGAAUCCGUUCUAGGAACAGUUGAGGCAGCACUAUUGGAAAGAGCUGAGAUCCUCACCAAUGGGAGAGGAGAGGGGGAGGGGCAAGCUGCUACCCACGAUGCAUCAGAGGAGGGCGGACUGCCCAACGGCACCACCGGUCCAGUGACGGUCGUCCCCGAAGAUGGUGCCGUUACCAUGAUGUUCCUGGGGUUCACGGAGGCGGAGCCAGGCGAGGCUCCGGUAAUCGAGGAAGGAGGAGUGAUCAUGAUGAGAGCGGAGCGAGUGAUUAUCAAUGACGAGGGAGACGAGCUGGCAAAUGACCUUUCCUCUCCGGGGCAGGAACAGGAAGUAGACUCGGCCGCGUUCAAUAAGAGCUCAGAAUCUCCUGAGGAAGGAGGAAUUGAGGAGGCGAAACCAGAGACAACUCCUGAAGAGUCCUCAGAAGUAGCAAAAGAGACUGAGGCAGACACAGUAACCAGAGGUUUAGGAGAAGGACAGAUGGACACAGUAACCGGAGGUUUAGGAGAAGGACAGAUGUACACAGUAACCAGAGGUUUAGGAGAAGGACAGAUGGACACAGUAACCGGAGGUUUAGGAGAAGGACAGAUGGACACAGUGACCAGAGGUUUAGGAGAAGGACAGAUGGACACAGUAACCGGAGGUUUAGGAGAAGGACAGAUGGACACAGUAACCGGAGGUUUAGGAGAAGGACAGAUGGACACAGUAACCGGAGGUUUAGGAGAAGGACAGAUGUACACAGUAAGCAGAGGUUUAGGAGAAGGACAGAUGGACACAGUAACCGGAGGUUUAGGAGAAGGACAGAUGGACACAGUGACCAGAGAUUUAGGAGAAGGACAGAUGGACACAGUAACAGGAGAUUUAGGAGAAGGACAGAUGGACACAGUAACAGGAGAUUUAGGAGAAGGACAGAUGGACACAGUGACCAGAGAUUUAGGAGAAGGACAGAUGUACACAGUGACCAGAGAUUUAGGAGAAGGACAGAUGGAGGGUGUGGCAAACGGUGGUGGAGAGGAAGAGGCACAGCCAGUAGAGGAAGCUCCUGUGUCUGAUCUGCAGGCCCCAGAUGAUGGCGUGGUGGCUGCCGUUCCCGUCUACUCUGAGACCUUACUCACACCCAGGCCCGACGCAGAGGGAGAGGCUGCAGGCGAGCCGGCAGAGGGCGAUGUGGAAGUGAAGACUGAAAUGGAAGUCAAGGGGGAAGAGGAGGCCUCGGUGGCCCCAGAAUCAGCCAUCCUCCCUGGGGGCCAGUUCCUGGAGGUGUCCCUAGUGGAGCCCUGGACUGAGGCAGAGCCUGAGCAGGAGCCCCUGCUGUUCCCAUCCAAGGCCCAGACCCUGGGGGAGCAGGCUCCAGCCGCCCCAGAGACACUGACCGCUACCAGGGGAGAGGCGGAGGGAGGGGUCGGUGUGGCUCCCAAACGCAAGACCUGCCAGUGCUGCUCCGUCAUGUGAUCAAUCAUUUCGCUCGCGCUCUAUCUCCCUACCAGAUUCUCCAAUGCUUUCUCUGUGUAAUACUACAAGAGGGACUUGACUCUGCCUCUAACACUGUGAAUGAUGGGGGGUGGUAAGAUGGUGUGUUAUUACUGAAGUGCCUUGUGGAUCUCCUUCCCUAAGAGUAUAGUUACCCAUCCAGAGGAACCUGGGUUUUGUUCAGUAGGGCGAAGUGCUUUGAAAUGAAAAAUAAAACCCAGUGUUUUUCUUGUUGGACCAGGUCCAGGUAGGCCCUCCCUGUUUGAGUCAGUUGUUUUCCUUUUGAUUCUAAUGAACACAACCCUGUCAGCCUUGGCUGUGUUACUGUUGGCUGGUACUGAGAAUGAAAGACCAGUCUUAAUCCAUUAUGCUGUAUCUGUGUAUCCACCCUACUAUUCACACAGAACCUGCUUUCAACUGAACUGGACUACAUAUCCAGGUUGUGAUAGGAAUUCUGUCGGGGGGGGGCUGAUGAUUGAAUCAUGACCAGUACAGUAGGGAUGAGACAGAAAGGCCUGAUGAUUGAAUCAUGACCAGUACAGUAGGGAUGAGACAGAAAGGGCUGAUGAUUGGAUCAUGACCAGUACAGUAGGGAUGAGACAGAAAGGCCUGAUGAUUGAAUCAUGACCAGUACAGUAGGGAUGAGACAAAGGGCUGAUGAUUGGAUCAUGACCAGUACAGUAGGGAUGAGACAGAAAGGCCUGAUGAUUGAAUCAUGACCAGUACAGUAGGGAUGAGACAGAAAGGCCUGAUGAUUGGAUCAUGACCAGUACAGUAGGGAUGAGACAGAAAGGGCUGAUGAUUGAAUCAUGACCAGUACAGUAGGGAUGUGACAGAAAGGCCUGAUGAUUGAAUCAUGACCAGUACAGUAGGGAUGAGACAGAAAGGCCUGAUGAUUGAAUCAUGACCAGUACAGUAGGGAUGAGACAGAAAGGGCUGAUGAUUGAAUCAUGACCAGUACAGUAGGGAUGAGACAGAAAGACCUGAUGAUUGAAUCAUGACCAGUACAGUAGGGAUGAGACAGAAAGGCCUGAUGAUUGAAUCAUGACCUGUACAGUAGGGAUGAGACAAAGACCUGAUGAUUGAAUCAUGACCUGUACAGUAGGGAUGAGACAGAAAGGCCUGAUGAUUGAAUCAUGACCAGUACAGUAGGGAUGUGUCAAAUGAAACCCUAGUCCUUACAAAGUGAUCUACUGUUGACCUGGGUCUGGGUCUAUGUUCUCUGGUCGAAGGUAGGUCACUGAGUGUACAAAACAUUAGGAACACCUGCUCUUUCCAUGACCGACUGACCAGGUGACGCUAUGAUCCCUUAUUGAUGUCACUUGUUAAAUCCACUUUUUUAUCCUUGAGACAUGGAUGGGGUACGUGUGCCAUUGAGGGUGAAUGGGCAAGACAAAAUAUUGAAAUGCCUUUGAACAGGGUUUGGUGGCAGGUGCCAGGCGUACCGGUUUCAGUGUCGAAGAACUGCAACGCUGCUGUUUUUCACACGCAACAGCAUUCUGUGUGGAUUAAGAAAGGACCACCACUCAAAGGACAUCCAACCAACUUGACACCACUGUGGGAAGCAUUGGAGUCAACAUGGGCCAGCAUCCCUGUGGAAUGCUUUCAACACCUUGUAGUCCAUGCCUGGAAGGAACUGGGGCUGUUCUGAGGGCAGAAAGGGGGUGUAAUUCAAUAUUAGAAAGGUGUUCCUCAUGUUUUGUACACCGUGUAUGUAAAGGGAAUAGUGGGCCUUUUUGGGUGCACUUAUGUCUCAACUUGAUAGUCUACAUACAAUUUGAGAUCUUUAUUCCAUUGUCUUUCUAUUUGUUGUAUGUGUUACCCUUCUUGCCUGCUUGAGUGUUAUCAAGGUUUGUAACGUUCCAUUAACUUUCAGAAAAUUCCCGGGUUUUCCAGAAAUCAAAAUUCCCAGGUUUUCCUAGUUGGAGGAUUUUGGAUCUCCUGCCUAUUCCUUCCAGAUUCAGGGAAUCUUCCAACCAGGAUUUCUGGAAAACCUCACAUUUUUCAGAAAGUGGCCAGCAUUUUGCAACCUUACCAUCUUGAAUCUUAUUUUGGUCCAUUAUCAAUUGUUAAAGGGAAAGUAUGUUUUUAUAUCUAAAUUCUAUGCAUUUUAUUUUAUCAGUGUAUUUUCCAUAGAAUACACACAGCGCUCUGGCAUGUAUAUAGCCACCAUGAAAUCAAGCGGGAGUUUAUGUAUAGAAUGUGUUUUUUUCAAGCAAUGGUUUAAUGAUUAAACUGACAUUUGUGAAAUAUUA